AUGUCCUAUAAUAAUAUCAAUCUAAGUACAUGGACUUCUCAGUACAUAGCAUCAUUUUACUUUAUGACUGUCACUAUGAUCACAGUUGGAUUUGGAGACAUUCUUCCAAAAAAUGAUCUUGAAAUGGUUCUUUCUAUUUCAACUAUGAUUUUCGCUUCUGGCGUUUUUGGGUACUGCCUAAAUCAAGUUGGUGCUAUUUUCAAUAAUUUUUUUUUCGUUGACAACUAGAUAAAGAAAAAGUUAUUAGAAAUUUAGAAAUACAUGAGCAAGAAAAAUAUCGAUUCAAAUCUUUAGCUUUAAAUAAGAGAAUACUUAGAAUAUUAUUGGAGAGAGCAGUCUGAAAUGAGUGAAGAAUAAGAAUAGGACACUAUAUAAAAACUGAGUGAAUCAUUGAGAUCAAAAUUACUUUUCGAAGCAAAUAAAAUUGUCCUAUAAGAUUCACCUAUAUUUAAGCAGAAUUUUUCUAAGUAAGUUAUUGAAAAAACUGUGCCUUUAAUUCAUCAAAUAAAAUAUACGCCUGAAAGCAACAUAUUAAAAAGAGGAGUUUAGGACGAUUAGUCAAUUUAUUUUAUUGAAAAUGGCUCAGUGGAAGUUGUUUUGGAUGCAAAACAAAAAAAUUCUCAAAGUAUUUAUUUAUUAAAAAAAGGUUAAAGCUUUGGAGAGUACACCUUCUUUACUGGCCUACCUAGAGUCGAAAAUAUCCGCUCAAGAGAAUUUACAACAGUAUUAAAAAUUAGUAGAUAAGAUUUUCUCAUGUUACUUUCUAGAUUUCCUGAAGAUGCUGAAACUUUUUGCAAUGUAAGAGAUUAAAUAGCUUAUCUUGAAGACUAUUCAAAAAUUAAUUUAAAAUGUAUGAGCUGUCAUUCAUUAUAUCACCACAUUAAUGAUUGCCAAUACUUGCACUACAUUCCAAAGAAAGCAAGAAUAAUUAAAAGUUAUAAUGACCUAAUAAAUAUUGAAAAUCUGUAACGAUAAAAGUAUGAUAGAAGAGAUGUUAAUAAAGACUACUACUUUAAGAAUUCUAAGGUUAUCAAUUUUGAGGUAGUAAAAUAACUACAAAUGUAUUUAGAAAUAAAUGAGAGUAUUAUGGAUUCUUAGGAUGAAACUUAAUAUAGUGAGGGAUAUUAUAAUACAGAUAAAAUAGAAAACAAUAUUGAUAAGAAUCAUAAGAACUAUUUGGACGAUUGUUAAAAAAUGAAUAAAGCAGCCGAAAAUGAUUGCAACAGCUAAAAUUAUCCCAUUUAAAAAAACAGUCUCUCCAAGUUUGUUUCUUCAAGUAACAAAGUAAUAAAUAUAGAGGAAUAGACAAGCCAUGCUCUAAGUAGCAAUUAAAUACAUGAAAACUUAUCAGAAAAUUAAAUAAACAAUGAAUAUGCUAGGUUUACUUCCUUUUGCAAAGAAAAUUUUACCAACUACUUUGAUAACAAAGCAGAUUUUCAUAAAUAAUUUUCUUUGAAAAGUGUUUAAGAAUCUCCUAUACUUUAAAAUGAAAAAUCUGAGAAGAUAAAUUCAUUUUAAAGCAUAAAUUUUAGUGGUGGAGACAAUAUUUAAAUUUUACUUAAUGCAUAAGAACUGAGUAGUCAGAGAAACAGAAGAAAAAGCUAACCAGAUGAGAUCCAAGAAGCAUCUAAAAAUAGUAUUCAAAAAUAAACUCGCCCAAGCUUUCUAUCAACUUUUAUAAUUAAAAAACAUAAUACAACUAACUCUUUUAGUGAAACAACUGAAGGUUCAUAAAUUUAACUUACUAAAAAUAUAGUCCAAGGUAGUGGCGAUUGUCUAAAAUCCAAAAAAGUAAAAUAAAAUAAAUAAAACAAAGAGAGACAUAGUGAUCAUUAUCCUGAGCUUAUAUAAAUAUUUUAAGGCAUAAUUGCUUAAAUGAAAAAAACAGAAAAACCUGAAUAAUAUUUUUCUAAUGAAAGCAUUAGCACUGAUUUUUAAAAUGAUAUUUAAUUUGGUUUUGAUAAAAUGAAGUAGUUUAUAAAGUAUAAUCCAAGAUUUAAUUAUUCUAGUGUGAUUGGUCGUUUUAAUUAUCUGCAAGAUUAAAGAAGAAAGCUUUUAUAUAAAAAAACUAAUAAGAAUUAAAAGAUGAGACAAACAGUUCUAUUAAGAAAUUCAUAUUUCAAAAAUAAUGAUUCCUUAAGAAGAAACUCAAAAAAUCAAACCAUUUUUGUUAAUUAAUAUGAAAAACCUCCUAAUUAAGAUGCAGAAUCUAUUUCUUCUAAAUUUGUGAAUGCAAAUACUAAUAUAAUUCCUAUCAGUGAUGUAGAUAGCAGUGGCAUGAAAAACACAGACUAAGAAAUUAAAUAAAAAGAUUUUGCUCAAAUAGACUAGAUUAUCAUUAAUUUAAAUUAGAUUUAAGCUAUGUCUGAAAAUAUUUCAGUUAUAAAUUCCAAAUACAAUAACAGCUUAAUUAAAUUAGAUUCUCCUCUACAAGAUAGUGUUUAUUAAGAUUCUGAUUUAAAUAAUGAUUGUGAUAUUUAAAAGUAUUAUGUCAAAGAAGAAAGUGGACUCUCUAGUAUACCAUACUCAUUUAAUAGAAGAAGGUCUAACUUUUAAACAGUUUUCAAUUAAAAUUAAUGA